ACGCAUCGGCUAUAAAACAUGUGGAACCGGCCGCGCGCCGGGAAACCGCCGCCAUGCUCCGAGUCGCGUGCCUGCUGGCGCUCGCCGCCGCCGCCGCGCCCGCGCACGCGCGCCCCGACGCGCAGCCCGCGCUCACCACCACACGAGUAGGCAACACAUUAACCAAUGAGGUGCCCCAAGUUCCCCACGCGGAGGCGCCGCUGCACCAGCAGUACCCGCACGCGGUGCUGUUCGGCGGGGCCUGCGGGGGCACCAUCAUCCAUCCCAGCUGGAUCCUUACCGCUGGCCACUGCACGCUGUUCACGCCGGGGCGCAACGUGCUGGCCGGCACGGGCAACUCGGGCGACGGCAGCGGCGUGCACCUGGAGGUGAAGAAGCUGUACCUGCACCCGCUGUUCGCCGUCGGGCCCUACUGGGUCAACACACGCGAGUUCGGCAUCAAACAGGUACACGCUCGCUGGGACUUCAUGCUGGUGGAGCUGGAGUCCCCGCUGCAGCUGGACGGCGUGAACAUCGCGGCCGUGCCGCUUGACGACGGGAAAGAUAUCCCGGAGUCGCUGACCGUCGACUACGCCGGUUUCGGUGCAACCCAUCACGGGGGCGUCAUGCAGCGGCACAUGCACGGGAUGAAGUUGCGGACGGAGAGCGACCAGCGGUGUUCCACUCUCCCUCAGUACAGCAAAGAAGACAUGCUGUGCGCAGUGGGCCGCACCGAGACGCGUGACUCAGCUUGCAACGGUGACAGCGGCAGCGGCUUGGUGAGCACGGAGAACCGUCGCUUGCUGGGCGUGGCGUCGUGGGUGGAGGACGACGCCAACGAGUGCAGCCCCGGCAAGCUCGUAGUGUUCUCGCGCGUGGCCGCGGCGCGCCCCUGGAUCAAGCAGGUCACUGGCCUCGACUUGUAACC